ACCAGUGACUCGCAGGAGACAACAUUCGAGUCCAUGACCUUGCACCCUUUAUGUAAACAAGAAGAUAGAAUAGUUCAGUUGCGUUUCCUUUCUUCAACAGUGGACAACUUCACAGCAGCUACAGUUUGCAACCAAAAUGGCAGAAUCGACAAAGAGGUAUGCAGUUGUGACUGGCGCGAACAAGGGGAUUGGGUUUGAAAUAUGCAGGCAGUUGGCUUCAAAUGGGAUUGUGGUGGUGUUAACAUCUAGAGAUGAGAAAAGAGGGCUGGAAGCAGCUCAAAAGCUCAAGGACUUCGGCCUGUCUGAUUACAUACUGUUCCAUCAGCUCGACGUCACCAAUCUCUCUAGUGUUUUAUCACUCGCAAAUUUCAUCGAGACCCACUUUAAAAAGUUAGAUAUAUUGGUGAACAAUGCCGGGGUUCUUGGAGCCACUAUAAAUGACGAGGCCUUAAGGGCGUCUAAUUUUUUGAAGGAACAGGAUCAUACUAAAGCCAAUUGGAGCGAAAUUUUUAUGCCGUCUUAUGAAGCAGCCGAAGCAGGCAUUGACACCAAUUACUAUGGGGCGAAAAGAAUGGUUGAAGCUCAUAUCGGCCUACUCCAACGGUCCGACUCGCCUAGGAUAGUGAAUGUCUCCUCCGUUAUUGGGAAGCUCCAGUACCUGUCUAGCGAAUGGGCGAAGGGAGUUCUGAGCGACAUCGAGAACCUAACACCGGAGAAAGUGGACGAGGUCGUGAAUGUUUUCCUCGAGGAUUUCAAGACCGGUUCAUCUGCAGCUACACCCGCGUAUGUCAUGUCAAAAGCAGCCCUCAAUGCCUACACCAGGAUCCUCGCCAACAAGUUCCCAGGUUUCUGCAUCAACUGUGUCUGCCCCGGCCCCGUGAGAACGGACAUCAACAACCACAGAGGCAUCUUGUCUGCCGAAGAAGGCGCGGAGAGUCCAGUGGAGCUGGCACUUCUGCCCAACGGUGGUCUCACAGGUUGUUUCUUCAUUAGGAAGGAAAAAUCUCAGUUCUGAUUGAAGGCUAUGACUUAUCUUCUCUAGCUAUUAGAACCCAUCCUUGUUUAAAAAUAAAUCGAAUACACUUCAAGGGAGUUGCCGAUUAUGUGAAGAAGUUGUCGUUUGUUUGU